AUGCCAUCAUUCCGACUACAAGGAUUCCAAUCGGUGGUCCGUGGCAACUCCCACUUGCUGCGUCAUCAGCAGCGCCGGUGGGCGCAAGUCCACGACGUCCGCUUCCUCGCCUCACACCACGAUCCCAAGUAUGUCUUCGAAAAGUAUCGGUCCAAGCUGGACCAGAAGGCCAAAGAGGAGGGACAUGACUCAGUCGAGUCUUUGAAGGAAGCCUAUACCGAAAAAAUCAAAGAACUCCGCCGCAAAGCAUCCACCCCAGCUACCCCAGAGCCUGGAGCUCCUACAUCCACCACCACCGUCCCAGGCACACCCCCAGCAUUCAAAGCACCCCCUCCCCCACAGGAAUCGCGCAUCGCCAAGGCUGCACGCGCUGUCUCCAGCGACUCGAGCCCCGUCAAGGCCCUCAGCUCCUACCUGGAUAUCGAGAAGGUCCGCGAGCUCCCAGUCAAGGAGAUCGAAGCGCUCUGGCGUCUCCGCUUUGCAGAGAACCCGUAUGCCAUCACCGCGGUGAUCCCUCUCGACACAUACAAUCGCAUUAUGCAUGCCGGACGCGAGAACCCGCAGUUCAUCUUGCCCCUCCCGCGUCCGCAGACUGCCGAAGAGGCAGAGCAAUCGCCCGAGGGAGCCGUUGGCACGGUUGCCGAUAUUCACUUCCUCCAAUGGGCUUUCCACCCGCCUGCUGAGGGAUCGACUCUGUCGCCUUCGAAUAGCCACACCUCUACUGUUAUCUUCACGAAUCUGGCUGCUUACAAGAUGCAUGGCUCGUUUGCCCAGCCUCACACUACUCUUACUCACCACCUCGAUCUAGCGGAUGAGAAGGGUCUUGUUCUUAUGCAUGGCCAGAUUAUGCCCGAGGGCGGUGUUUCGGCCCCACAGGCAACAUGGCUUGUCAGCUGUCUGCAGCGCUUCUAUGACUUUGAGGGACAGGCUGCUGGUCGGAAGAGUGAGCUUGUUCGCAUGUUCACCCGGGGUGAUGUUCAGAACUUCAAGGUUGAGGAACUGGUGGAAGAGGCCGAGAAACUUCCGUAG